AUAUCCUUGAGUAAUAUGAACAAAGUGUUUACACUAGAUAUACAUUUGGGUUAUGGCCUAACCAUUACACAGACAGCAAUGGCUUAUUUUUUCCGGGUGGGGAGAGGGAAGGAGAGAGGCACUAUGCAGAGUACAUUAUACUCCACUUGCUCUGGAGUAUGGGGAGAGCAUAGGAGGGUAGUUUCCCCCCUCCCUCUUUUCCCCGCAGCUGUCCUAUAUUUCUCACCCUAUGUGCUUUUUGGGGAAAAAAAACUUUUUUGAUGGGUAUUUUGGCACAUUAGGUUCUCUGAUCUCUGCCUUGCAACCAUGAGCAGUAUUUCAGUAUAUGAUGAAAAGUCUGUCACAUGGCUCGCCUUGCAAGCAGAAGUUCCCACGAUGAAGCCCUGCUGGCGGACCAUAGAUCAUAUUUCACACUGCUAAACUGAAAUUUUGUUAUGACGCCUCUUACUCAAUGAAAGAGGGGCUGCUCUUCCUUUGUUUUUGUGGGGGGAGAGAAAGGUCCCUGGAGUCUGUGAAUGAAAUGAAUGCUUAGUGUGUUGGGCGUGUGUGUUGUUUUUUUUAAACAAAGCCUCAACCUCUGUCUGUCUAACUUUCCUGUGGAUCUUGUUAAAGACUGAUGCUCUCAAUUGUGCAUUUCUAGCAUGGUACCCCUGUUUUCUGGAUGAAUAGAUGGCUCCCUCCCACAAUCUAUGCCACAAGCAGGGAUGUGAUCAUGCUCCCUACGGUAUGACACAGUUGCCUUUAGAAAUUACCAGUGGCUCUGAGAGGGCUAAAGCCAUCUUCCAACUCUGCACACUGUCUACCACUUGUCUCCUCCAAAGCACAUACCCCUUUGACUUUCUGUUAGCAAACGGAAAAAUCAGAAUUGUCAGUGUCACUUUCCUCUGUACUCGUGCCAUAUAAAUCUCUGUGGAUUCUACAUGCCCACACUAACUACUCUACUGUUCCAAUUUGCAGUGUCUCAACAACGAAAAGUGAGCUAAGAUUGGGCCAGCUACUAGUCCACAGGGGAGGAAGUUGGGGGCAGGAAGUAGCACUGAAGGCAGCUAUGAACCUGACUUGCUAUAGAUGUAUUUUGGGACAGAUUAUUGCAGGGAAAUAAAGCAGAGAAGAAAAUGGUUGCUAAUCUGCUAAACCAGUUUCUUAAAACUCAAGGAAGUGCGAUUUCCUUCCAUCUGUGGUUCCAAGCUGAAUUAGUUUUGUUCCCCCGCCCCCUUCCUGCGUACGUUCUGUAAUGGAGCUGACACUUGUUGUUGUGUCCUCAACUUCAUUGUAUUGUUACCCAUCUACCUACUUUACCUCUAGCAACAAUAGUCAGUUCUGUAGUGAGAGGAGUUUAAGGUAAAAGGCACUUUGCAAACAGGAAUUAAAUAGCUUAUAUUUCCAAACAACUGGAGGCCACUACUCUCAUUCCAUUUUCUCUUACUUUCUAUCCAUUGUACUAGAACAGCAGGCACAGAAUUCAUAACUGAACAGUGGUGACAUAAGCCCAACAUUUAGGCUUUUUGUUAAUAAGGAUUUCUACUAAUCCUACCCAUUCAAAAAAAUCAAUUCAAUGUGAAAAUAGUUUUAUUGGGAUAUAAACAGUUCCUGAGCAGAGUGAGAAUCCAAGCCACGACAGUAACAUGCCAAGUGUCAAUGUGCCAAGUGUUGACUAAGGACAGGUAAAUCACUUGGCUUACAUUUGAACCCACUCAGUCAUCUUGACUCAAAUGUUAUUGAGUGUGUGCUCCACUUACUGGAGAUUUGAAACAGGAGCAAGUAGAGGGAGAAUUCAAAUUUAAAACAAAAAUAGAGAGCCUUCCAUUGAUUGUCUGAUCUUUUCAGGGGUGGAGGUCUAUUCCUCAUACAAGCCCUAACUGAGCAAAACACUUAAAUAUGAGUAAUCUCAUCCUUAUUCAGCAAUGCACAUUACUUUGGUAAGUAAUUUAUUCACAAGUUACUUCCCAUUGAAAUAAUAAGAUUGUGUUUAAAUGCUGUGCUGAAAAGGGAUGAGAUAAUUUAACACAAAGGCAACAAAACUUUAGUAUUUUUAAACAUGGUGAUUCAAUUUAAAAAAAAAAUAGAACCAAUCAUAAAGAUUUCAAAAAUUCAAAAUGUCAACGAAAAUUUUGACUGGCUUUGUUAAAAACAAAGCUUUAAGUUCAGAGGAGAAAAAAAAAUUCAAGAGAUUUGCAAAACCAAAACAUUCUCUUGUGUUCACUCUCCCUUAAUAAGUACAUCAGAAUUUUGACACCUGAUUUCAAACAUACUUGUUUGCCUAAAAAUUAGUAUUGUUUACAUGAAAAAAAGGGUGAUUUCUUGUGUGACAAAAUCUGAUAUUACUGAAUUUCCUUAUGCAUGCAACAAAAGAUCCUGCCUAGCCCAAGACCGGAAAUCUUUCAACAUCUGAACGGAUGUAGAUAUGUUGAAUUACCUCUGAUAGUUGUUACCGGUCUGCUUUGAAAAAGGGGAAAAUCAAGUUGUUUUUGCAGCUGCUAAGGCUUUGGAACAUUUUCCUGGUGUCCAGUGUGCAACAAUUUCAUAGAAGGAGGUAAGAUGUAGUUAUUUCAUUUAUCUUAAUUAAAAACAUUUUUACUGGUAAAGAAUAAAUCUAUCAUAUUUAUCGUCAGAAAUCUGGUCAUUUUCAGAUCAUGUCCUGAGAUUUAAAAAAUACUUUUUCCUCUUUGUUGAUGUGUGAAAGACCCACACAAACAAUAGAGGACUAACUGAUUAUACGGGGGAACAUCAAGUGCUGUCAAAUGCACAACACAAACUGAAAAGAGAAUUUUUUCCUAACCUCUUUCAGUUAUAUUCAUAGCUGCUGCAAAAAAUAGUAGAUACAAAUUUUCAUGCAGAAGUGUGGGUUUUACAUUGGCUGUUUCUCUUUCAUAUUGAAACAGAUUUUACUUUAGUCAGUGUUUUUAACAGUAGAUAGACUGUAUGUUUAUAAGUAUGGAAAAAUAUUCCGAGUAUGGCCUAGUAGAACAUUUCAGGGUGCAGUGCUGACCAGUGAGGGGCUGUCACCCCUGCCCUGCAACCUUGGGUGCCUCACAAUGCUUUGCUGUUGUAGCUUCCAACUUUGCUUCCUCAGAAGCACGCUGUCAGCAUGCAGGUUACUCCCUGAGUGUCUGUGUAAAGUCACCAUGCUGGUCCAGCAGUUCUGACACCAGCAGCCUGACAGCAACACACCCGUCCACACCAUGGCUUCCAGCAGCCUUCGUUACUAUUUGCAGGGUGACAACAACACACUCCAGUCCUGGAUUUUCCCUUAAAAUGUGUGUUCUGCACUAUCCAGCCCUCUCCUGGACAGUCCAGACGUAUUAGGUCUGUUGCCCCUCUAAUAGGAUCAAUACACAACAGCUUGCCACCUGAAAUGGAGUUACCCAAACAAUUCACAACACUGGAUUAUUUUGAUUAAAGAACAAAACUAGCUUUUAAGUGAGUUACAAGUAAUGUAUUAAAGUCAGAAAUGGAUAUAGGAAAAAAAAGAUAAAAUGCUUUCUAACCUAAACAAACUAGACUUGGUUCAAAGUGAAGUUCCUUACCACAGGUUUCUGGUAAGAUUGCUGACAAAACUCUCAGGCCAGGGCCUGCUCCCAAAGUGCAAUGGCUGUUUAUUUCAUCUUGGGUGAAAAGAGAGAGAUGGGUAGGGAGAGAUAAGUGGGGGUUUGCCUCCCAUUUUCAUAGUUCAGUCACUCUUAAAAGCAUUUUCCUGAAUGUGACCCCUAGUUAAAGUUCAUUCCAGCCGAGAGCAAGGAAACAUGGAGUCUGCUGCUUUUCACCUGUGUAUGCUGAAAUUCAGAUUUUCUUUGUUGUCUUUCUUCCUCCUCUUGCUGUCUGAGGACUCUGUUUACAGUGAAACGGAGGUAAACGGACAUCCCUUUGUUUAAGCCAGGCCUGCUUCACCAGUUCUACCUGAGGGGGCUAUGUGUGUUUGAACAUGUCCCUUUAACAUCAUACAGGGGGGUCUUCAUAACUUUGCACAUAAUGUUGCUCCAUCCAUUUCACCAUGGUAUUAUUCAUCAGUGAGUUAUUAGUUUUUAAAAGGAUACCUCACAAGGUGUAUUUUGUACAAAGAUGAUUACAGUAGUCUGCAGGGUGUGAAUACAGGGGUGCAUUCGGUCACACCAGAGGUGGAGUGAGAUACUGGUUGCCAUGACUCCUAGGUUUUGUUCCUGUCUCUGCUACUGACUUGCUGCCUAUUUUGUUUGGACAAGUUAUUUAUUCUCUCCAUGUUUGCUAUACCUCUCACACACUCUAAAAUGUGGAUAAUACUUUCUUAGCUCACAGGUAUGUCGUGAGGCUUAAUCCAUUGCAGUUUUAGCAUUUUGAGCUCCUUGGAUGAAAGCCUCCAGAGAAGUACAAAUUAGAGUAGACCCAUAAUUUGGGUUUCCAGUACAAACUAUUAAUACUAGUAAUUAAUAAUGACCCAGAGACACCUGUCCUCCAUGAAUCAGACCAGGACUUCAGAACACAUUGAGACAAUCUAAUGAUCUUAGAAAUCAGAGACUCGGCCCAAAAUCUACAACGUUUUCUAAACAGUAUAUAUGUACUUUUUAUCCUUAGUUACCAGAGGAAGAGAGAAUGGGAAGUUGGUCCUCGAAAAACAAUCAUAAAUCACAUCCAGCAGCACCAUCAUCACCUGCCACCCUCACCAGCACUGCCAGCACCAGUUCCAGCACAACUACUGUAGUCAUGAUUACAAGAGACAAGAGCAUAUUUGAUAACCCUGAGUUCCUCUACAUACUGGUGGCCUGUAUCUCUGCUGUCCUGUUGACCAUACUGGUAUUUACAAUCGUCUGCUUUAUCAGGAAAAGGAAAGAUCACAGUACACCCCUAAAGACUCCUCAAGAGCAGGAUCCUGCAGAUACUGUGCAUCAGGCACCUGCUGAAAACACCCAGGUUCCUACGUGUCCUAAUGAUGAGAUCACCUAUGCCAGUUUGAUGUUCAAACAGAAGCCUCAGUCAAAGACUGCUCUGUAGUUUGUGCUAAUCACGGUGAAAUGAAGACAUCUUUGCUGUCUGCAGUUCAAAUGCAGAUGGAAGUUCUGUCACCGCCCCUCAGUUCUGCUUGGAAUUAUGUUGCCAAAUAUUGCAUGUAUCACAUCAGCUGAUUUAUUUAAGCUACAUGGAGGUCUGUCCCACAAUGAAGUGUUGGUGAGUGGUCAGAGCAGGGCACCAGGAGUUCAGAUUCCAUUGUUCUCUCCCUGACUCAUGGUGUGAGCUUGAAGAAAUCGCUUGUCUUUUGUGGCUCCGUUUCCUUAUUUAUAAAACAUGGAUAACCUUG